AGGAGUAUUUUAUGUUAGUAAACAGUUUUUCACAAAAUCUCGGCAAGUGUACAAAAUCCCUCACAAGAGGCUAUCAGUGUACUCUGUGUCCUGUGUACAGAUCAAGGAUACUCUGGGUCUUGGGUUCUGUCCGGUUAAAGUUCCUGAUUUAUGUGUUGGUAAAUGAAUGUAACGUGCAUUUGUUUACCUUUUGUUUCUAGGUGGACAAGAGUUUGCUUAACACUGUCAAAGACUCCAUUAUUCAAGGUUUCCAAUGGGCGACGAGAGAGGGACCGCUUUGUGACGAACCCAUAAGAAAUGUGAAGUUCAAGAUCUUGGAUGCGGUGAUUGCUGGAGAGCCAAUCCACAGAGGGGGAGGACAAAUCAUUCCAACAGCCCGACGAGUGGCAUACUCAGCUUUUCUGAUGGCCACUCCCCGUCUGAUGGAGCCGUAUUUCUUCGUGGAGGUCCAGGCCCCCGCUGAUUGCGUGUCCUCGGUCUACACGGUGCUUGCUCGCCGAAGAGGUCAUGUCACUCAAGAUGCGCCAGUUCCAGGCUCACCGCUGUACACCGUCAAAGCUUUCAUUCCCGCUAUCGACUCGUUUGGAUUUGAAACUGAUCUGAGAACACACACUCAAGGACAAGCUUUCUGUCUCUCGGUGUUUCAUCACUGGCAGAUUGUCCCUGGUGAUCCGCUGGACAAAAGCAUCAACAUUCGUCCAUUAGAACCACAGCCGGCCACGCAUCUUGCCAGAGAAUUCAUGAUCAAAACAAGGAGAAGGAAGGGUCUGAGCGAGGAUGUCAGCAUCAACAAAUUCUUCGACGAUCCUAUGUUGUUAGAGUUGGCGCGUCAAGAUGUCAUGUUCAACUAUCCAAUGUGAUCUAUAUGUAUUCAUCAGCCUGAAGUUCUCUUAGAAUAACAGGAUAACAACUCCGACAUUUUGAUUAACAAGCCUGAAACGGAUUAUGUGUGUUGGUACAGUACUGCAAUGAGCUCCUCAGACAGGUUGCUUAGUAACAACGAAUCGUCACGGCGACAAGCUGACGUGACAUUUUUUCUGUCUUGCUCUUAGUAUUUUAGUAAUUUUUCAACACCAAUCGGACAACAUUGCAACAUCAUAAGAGCUGUCACCUUGUCUGAACAAAUCUCCAUAGAAAGACCGAAUUUGCACUGUAGAAACUAGCAAAUAAUCUUGGUAGAGAUCGUCUACGUUGGCAGGUCGCUUCUUUGGCUUGUCACGCAACCUUUAAGGAGGAGGGAUUACAUAGCGAGCAAAACGGUGUCCGCCUUGCUUUAAUUCAGAGAAGCAAAACUAGCUUCCUCUGUAUUCUCUCUGUGUGACAUAACCUUCUACAUUCUACCCUCUUUAGUGUGUAAAUACUGCCUUUUUUAACAACUUUAUAUUUCAGUUAUUAAAGGACUCUUUUGACAGACGAGAUAUUAGCAAAA